GGUCUCCGGUUCCUUUUAUUACAUGAGAAGAGGGUUCUUCUCCUUCUCCUUCUCCUUCUCCUUCUCCUUCUCCUUUUUCCCUCUUGUCUGCAAUCUAUAACAAGAGAUCUUUCUACUCUAUCAACACCAUUAUUACAACACAUAAAUCCUCUUCUUUCUCUCUUCAUCAUCUAUCUACCACCAAAUCAGACUCUUCUUUAUAUAACUAAAAUCAACAGACUGAAUUUUGCCCAAAGGGGGCGUCUCUCGCCCUCUCUUCUUACGUCUCCAAUCAGAUCUUAGAUUUUCUUUUCUUUUUCUUACCUGGGUGUCGUCACUUGGAGUUUCCGCUUUUCUGGCUUGAUCAACUAUCGAUCUGCGGAAGAUCCGAUGCUUUUUGAUUGAAUCCAAGAAUACCCAUUUCUUAGUUACAAAUUAAUCCGCUAACUUUCUGGCUUGUGCAAAAUGGAAAUGGACCAUGGGAAGUUGUUCAUUGGUGGGAUUUCAUGGGACACCAAUGAAGAACGUUUAAAGGAGUAUUUUCAAACCUUUGGUGAAGUAAUUGAAGCUGUAAUAAUGAAGGACCGAACCACAGGCCGUGCCCGUGGGUUUGGCUUUGUUGUUUUCUCAGACCCUGCUGUUGCUGAAAGAGUUGUGAAAGAAAAGCAUAUGAUAGAUGGUAGAACUGUAGAAGCAAAGAAGGCCGUUCCAAGGGAUGAUCAGCAAAUUCUUAACAGGAGCAAUGGGAGCAUUCAGGGAUCGCCAGGUCCCACUCGCACAAAAAAGAUUUUUGUAGGAGGGUUGGCAUCAUCGGUUACUGAAAGUGAUUUCAAGAACUAUUUUGACCAAUUUGGGAUAAUCACGGAUGUGGUUGUGAUGUAUGAUCACAACACUCAAAGGCCUAGAGGUUUUGGAUUCAUCACUUAUGAUUCAGAGGAAUCUGUUGAUAAGGCUUUGCUUAGGACUUUCCAUGAACUCAAUGGUAAAAUGGUGGAAGUCAAACGUGCGGUUCCAAAAGAGGCAUCUCCCAGCCCUAACCGGAACCAGAUAAGUGGAUUUAACUAUGGUUUAAGUAGAGCUAAUAGUUUCCUUAAUGCUUACACUCAAGGGUAUAAUUAUAAUCCAAGUUAUGGAGCAAGAGUGGAUGGUAGAUUUAGUCCGGUUUCUGUUAGCCGGGAUGGGUAUCCACCAUUUAGUCCUUCUAGCUAUAAUGUGGGACUUAAUUCUGAUUCAGUUUUAGGUAUGAACUAUGGUGGAAAUGGAAACUUUAGCUCUAAUCUUGGAUAUGGGCGUGCGAUCAAUCCUAUGUAUGGUGCAACUUCAAAUAGAUAUGUUGAUCCAAUUGGGUAUGGCAUGGGAGGAAGUGGUGGUGGUGGUGGUGGUAAUGGUAAUGGUGGAAAUGUCUCUUUCUUGAACUCAACUAAUCAUAACAUGUGGGGGAAUGAAAGCCAACGUUUCACUACAAAUUCACCACAUUUGAGCAACUUCAUGGCUCCGGGAAAUGGGUCUGGUGGGAUUGGAGCGAUUUGGGGUAAUGCCAAUAGUAAUACUAGCGGAGGUGGUGGUGGUGGUGGUUUCGUUGGUAGUAAUCUAAACUAUGGCAAUGGAGAGACUACUAUUGGGUAUAGGAGGAACAAUAAUAAUAGCAUUGCACCAGCCUCUUCAUAUGGUGCAUUUGAUGAUGGGGAAAUUGGUGGUGGUAACUCAUAUGGCACUGGUGGUGGUGGUUCAAUUUAUGCAGACUCCACUUGGCGGUCAUCAUCUCCUGAGCUGGAAGUACCUGGUUUAUUUGGUUAUAGUCUUGGAGGUGGAGCUUCAGAUGAUCUACCAAAAAACUCAGUUGGCUAUGUUGGUUAUAGUGUCACAAAUAGAUCAAAUAGAGGAAUUGCUGCAUAGAAAGAUUGGUAUCUGGAAACUUAUAAAAGAUUGGAGGAUUGUGAAUUUGUGUGAGCAAGGUACAUCAGUUUUUAGAACAGCGUACAUUUGGUUAGAGCUAAUCUCGGAAGAACCUGUUUUUAUAGAACAAAAAUUACACGAUUUGGUUCGAGUUUUUCAAAAACUAGACUUGUGACUUCAUAUGAGAUAUCAAACUUGGAUUGCAGAUAUAUAUACUUAUUGUCAUUACUCUGGUGACAUCAAGAUUAUAUAUAUACAUAUGGAAAACAAGAAGGAAAAAAAAAUAUUCAAACUCUUUUAUAUUUCAUUUUAUAAUUGAUUUUUGUUGUAUUUGAAGCUUUUUUUGUUUCUUCAGAAAAGUUGUAGGCUUUAUAAGGUAUGUUGGGGUUUUGUUGUUGGUUAGAUUGUAUGAAAUGUUUGGUGUGAAACACUCUUGUUGGAUGCUAAAUUGGGAUCCUUUUUUACAAUGAAGUUGCUCUAUAUUCAAUAUAUGUUUCUCUACCUUUUCAUU